UAGAGAGAGAAAAGAGAAGAAAAAGAUUCUGCUUCUGAGCUUUUGUGUUGCGUGUGGCAGCAUUUCCUGUUCCACCUCUGCGGUGUUAGAGAGAGAGAGAGAGAGAGCUAUCCCUCUCCGAUCCCUUUGACCCUCCAUAGCCGUUAGUCUCUCUUGCACCUCAUAAUGGCGCACAUGCAACUUCUCACAGAUCUCUGUUGCUGAGUUGAUGGACUGGAGCUGUAAAGGUGAUCAGAAUUGGUAUAAUCAAAAUUUGUGCCUUGACUAUAACAUUCCUGUGAAUUGAAGACCGUGUUGUGUUUUGAGAUUGCUGCUUCUUAGUUCAGUUCAGUUCAGUUCAGUUUUGUCAUUUGAACACCUUAGCAAAAUGAAGCUAUAGGGGGUUUUGUAUGGACAUUGUAUACAGACAAAGAGAGAGAGUAAAACUAUAGUCACAAGCAAUUGAACAUAGUAUGGGUGGUAUUUGCUCAAGGUCGUGGAAAGCCACCGUAGAUGGUGUAGUUGCAGAUAAUGCUCUUAGUGAAAGCUCGAGACAUGCAAAUGGCCAUGCUAAUAAUGAGCCUGAAAUGACUUAUCAGUCUUUUGGACAUCCUGGAAAUAUAAAUAGCAAUUCAACUAUGCAUCCUCUUGAUGAUGAGUUGGAUAAGCAUAAACGAGAAUCAUUUUCGUUUACCGGAUUGGAAAAAGUUUCAUAUGAUCCUAGUGCUGAUGAUAUCAAUGAUGGGAUUCCUAGCCUGUCCAGGGCUUUGUCACAUAAAUCUAGAUUAGCUAAAUCCAAGCAAGCUGCUGUUAAGUUAAGUUGCCAUUCUCUUGUUUGAUCUUUCUAUAUCUUGCGUGUUUGGAUUUACUUACUUGGCAUCUGGAAAAGCUUGUAAUCAAAAUGCCGUGAUGAGGCUUUUGGCUGAAAAGCUGUUUUUGUGUAAAACAAAGUUAGUUUUAUUUGAGAGAAAAUAGGGGGAGGAUAAGAUAUCAUUCAGAAAAGGAACAUAUAAAAGGAUUAAAUCUAGAUUGCAACUAAACUUUCUGCAUAUCAGAAAUGGAAACUCUCUUGAAAAAGGCAUGAGCAGAGCAUCUGAGUGAAGCCACGAAAUAAAUCUCAAAGCAAAUUCAGUUGCAAAGAAACACCCGUAAAAUGUAUGCACUCCACUUUGUCAAAGAUCAAGUCUCCCAAAAGCUUAAGCUAUUAGAUGGAAGCAUAUGAAUUGUUUUUAUAUCUCUAACACCAACCAAUUAAACUUUAUUUAGAAGAAUGGAUACAUCAAGAAUCAAACUCCUGACCACUUGGGUUAUAGAGACUCUCGUACCAUGUCAAGGACUAACACUCCAACAAAAUACACUAGAGAACUGCAGUCAAUUAGAACCUGAUUUUUAAUAAUUGUUUAUGGAAGAGCUUCUAAGGUAGUGGUAUCUGUUUGAACUAUGAUACUUGAUGGAAAUAACGUAAAUGAUUUGCUUCAGAUGUGGAGGUUGCAGUCAUCUGAUUUUAUACUCAGACAUCCUUGGAGACUUUGCAAUAGAUAAUUUUCAGCCUUCUUCUGGAUGAAAUCUAAUGGCUUAUACUGGGAAGUGAUACCUUAUGCCCCACUUUGUACUAUCUCUUCUAAUAAAAUCUUUUUUUGUUAUCCGAUUAGUUUCUUUCUUUCCCGUCUUAUUUUUCCCCCGCAAAUCUAUAUUUUGUGGCUAGUACUCUAGAUAUUUUGGUGGUCUCUAUGCCUAUGAUAUAGAAAGAACAGUUCAUAAAAGAGGGUAGAGUUUAGCAAAAAAUAAUAAUAUGAUCUUAUAGAAAAGUGUUUACAUGUGUUAUGUUUUUAAUUACAUUAAAUUCCCUUUUGAUCAUGAGCAAAUAGCCUAAUAUCUCACAUGGUACUGAACAUUGGUCUUAGAGAUCAAAACGUACUUGUUGUCAUGGUUUAGAUCUCUAUACAUCCCUUUACCUUCCCCCUUUCUGUUCUAUAAGGCCUCCUAUGUACCUCUUCCCCACCCACCCCAAAAAAAAGAGAUUAGAUUGCCUUUUUGUCUUAUCUUUUGGUGUAUUACAGGUUUCAGAAGUGAGUUCACUUUUGGGCAGAGCUGGUACGGCCGGGCUUGGCAAGGCAGUAGAAGUUUUGGACACACUAGGUAGUAGUAUGACAAGUUUGAAUCUUAGUAGUGGUUUUACAUCGGGCAUAACAACAAAAGGAAAUAAAAUUUCAAUUUUAGCCUUCGAAGUUGCAAACACAAUUGUUAAGGGUGCCAAUUUGAUGCAAUCUCUUUCAAAAGAGAACAUUAGACAUUUAAAAGAGGUGGUUCUACCAUCUGAAGGAGUGCAAAAUUUGAUAUCGAGAGAUAUGGAUGAACUCCUAAGAAUUGCUGCAGCAGAUAAGAGAGAAGAGUUGAAAAUAUUUUCUGGUGAAGUUGUGCGUUUUGGAAAUCGUUGUAAAGAUCCUCAGUGGCACAACCUGGAUCGUUAUUUUGAUAAGUUUGGUUCAGAGCUUACACCACAAAAGCAAUUGAAAGAGGAGGCAGAGGUUGUGAUGCAACAACUUAUGUCCUUUGUUCAAUAUACAGCUGAAUUAUAUCAUGAAUUGCAUGCCCUAGACAGAUUUGAUCAAGAUUAUCGGCGCAAGCUUCAAGAAGAGGACAAUACAAUUGUCACACAAAGAGGAGACAGCCUUGCAAUUCUAAGAGUGGAACUGAAGAGUCAAAAGAAGCAUGUAAGAAAUUUGAAGAAAAAAUCGCUGUGGUCCAAGAUUUUGGAAGAGGUGAUGGAAAAGCUUGUAGACAUCGUCCAUUUUCUACACAUGGAGAUACACGAAGCAUUUGGUAGUGCUGAUACUGAAAAGCUAGUAGAAGAUUCUCAAGGCAACCAUAAGAAGUUGGGCUCUGCUGGUCUUGCUUUGCAUUAUGCAAACAUUAUCACUCAAAUUGAUACUCUUGUAUCUCGCUCAAGUUCUGUGCCACCUAAUACAAGGGAUGCCUUAUAUCAAGGCUUGCCGCCUAAUGUAAAAUCAGCAUUGCGCUUAAGGUUGCAGUCAUUUCAGGUUAAAGAAGAGCUUACUGUCCCACAAAUCAAAGCUGAAAUGGAGAAAACUUUGCAGUGGCUUGUUCCUAUUGCCACCAACACAACAAAAGCUCAUCAUGGCUUUGGAUGGGUUGGAGAAUGGGCAAAUACAGGGUCUGACGUCAACCGUAAACCCGCGGGCCAGACUGAUUUGCUGAGAAUUGAAACACUACACCAUGCUGAUAAAGACAAAACAGAAGCUUAUAUACUUGAACUGGUUGUCUGGCUUCAUCAUCUGGUGAGCCAAGUAAGAGUUGGUAAUGGAGGAAUAAGGUCUCCAGUCAAAUCCCCUAUUCGUUCUCCUACCCAGAAGACAGGUCAGUCAUUUACACAGAAAGCUUGCUCUACUUCUCCCAUGUUAACAGUUGAAGAUCAACAAAUGCUUCGAGAUGUUGGCAAGAGGAAACUAACACCAGGCAUUAGUAAGAGCCAGGAAUUUGACACUGCCAAGACUAGGUUGAGUAAACAUCAUAGGCUAAGCAAGAGUAGUAGUCAUUCCCCAAUCAAUGAAAGUAAAAACGAUAUAUUCUCUACAAGGAGGCUACCUACUAUUCCUUUCAUUGACUUUGAUAUUGACCGAAUGAAGGCCUUGGAUGUCAUUGAUAGGGUGGAUACCAUUGGAAGUUCAUAGAUGUGUGGUGGCAUAUCUACAUAUUGAAGUCAAGGGGAUAUGCUAGAAUCAAAUUAAUCUACCGGCUUCUUCAAGUUGGGUGCUCCUCCUUUGUUUCUUGUGAGCUGUGAGAAAUGUUUGUUUGUUUGUUUUUCCUAGGCAAGGGUGAUGUCAAGCCAUAGUCUUUUUGAGAUUGUUGUAGAUGAAUAUGGGAUGGGGACAAAGGGGACCACUGUUUUCAUUAGAUGUAUAUGUACAGAUUACAAGAUCAUAUAAUAAUUGUUCAUCCAUAUGUUUUCUAUCCUCUUAAUCUUGUUAAGAGUACAGAGGUUACAUUGUGUAAAGCAGAUGAAGAAAAGU